AUCUUGGGGACCAGUCAUACCCGGACGUACGUCAAGGAGCAUUCCAUCGUGGAUCCCGAGGAGAAGAAGAUGGAGCUUUAUUCAACUAAUAUAACUCUAACCAAUCUGGUGUCAGUGGAUGAACGACUGGUUUACAGACCUCAUCCAGACAACCCAGAGGUUACUGUUCUGACCCAGGAGGCCAUCAUCACAGUAAAAGGAGUCAGUUUGAGCAGUUACCUGGAGGGAAUGAUGGCCCUCAGGAUGUCAGCUAAUGCCAGAAAGGGUUGGGAUGCUAUUGAGUGGAUCAUUCAGAACUCUGAAAGGGAGAACGUUCCUCUGUGCGAGCUGUACUGACUCUGGUAACUACUCUUCCCUGGCUGAGCUUAGCAGCACCUGACUGGUAACUACUCUUCCCUGGCUGAGCUUAGCAGCA